CGAAUUAGGGUUUCACUAUAAAUACUAGUCUCUUCCGCUCUCUCUCUCCCUGCAGCAACACACGAAGAUCGAGCUCUCCAGUUCCCUGCGAAACCUCGCGCGCCGACAGUUGCAGAGCCCAGAAGAGAAGACGGAGAGAGAGAGAGAGAGAUGGCGACGGUGCCGGGGCAGCUGAUCUGGGAGAUCGUGAAGAAGAACAACUCGUUCCUGGUGAAGGAGUUCGGGCGGGGGAGCGCCAGCGUCCAGUUCAGCAAGGAGCCCAACAAUCUCUUCAACCUCAACUCCUACAAGCACUCCGGGUUGGCCAACAAGAAGACAGUCACUGUUCAACCAGAGGGUAAGGAGCCAUUUGUGUUACUUGCCACUACCAAGACCAAUAAGCAGAAUAAACCAGCAGCUUUGCUUCACAAGUCUGUCAUGAAGAAGGAGUUCCAAAGAAUGGCCAAGGCUGUCACCAACCAGGUAGGAGAUAACUACUACCGCCCUGAUCUGAAGAAAGCGGCACUCUCAAGGUUGAGCACUGUGCAUAGAAGCCUCAAGGUGGCAAAAUCUGGUGUCAAGAAGAGGAACAGGCAGGCUGUUAGGGUCCGUGGCAGGAAGUGAGUUUUGAAACGGAAUUAGUCCCUUCUUUUUUGGUUUGGAGUCUUUCAAGAAAUGGUUUCUUUUGCUGCCGUUUUUUUCUUGAACUUUUUAUGACAAUGUAUUUUUUAUCGAGACAUCGUAGACACAGGUUAGCCGAAGAGGAACUUAGUAUCUUUGGAUGAAAAUGCUUUCCUAUUUUCCCCUCCCCACAACCACCGAUUCGCGUUCCGAGUUGUCAUGCCUCAUUCUCGUUGUUCAAACUGAGAUUUUUCCUGGUUUCAAAUGCUCGUCACCACUUGGCUUUA